AUGGUUUUAGUUCAAGAUUUGUUGCACCCUAACCCAGCCACCGAGGCUCAGAAAUACAAGUUGAAGACUUUGGUGCAAGCGCCAAGAUCGUUCUUCAUGGACGUUAAGUGUCCAGGAUGUUUGAACAUCACUACCGUGUUCUCCCACGCUCAAACCGCCGUCACCUGCGAUGGAUGUGCCAAUGUUUUGUGCACCCCAACUGGUGGUAAGGCUAAGUUGACCGAGGGCUGCUCUUUCAGAAGAAAGUAA